AUGAAAGUUGACAAUACAGGCUGCUCAUACAUUACUCAAACUAUAGAACACCUUGCACUUAAAUGCAAAACUAGUAAACAAAUUUGGGAACAAAGCUACAAACUGCUUAAAAACAAUGAAAUAGAGAAUCCUCCAACCUCA